CUCUUAUCACCAUUCGAUAUUUAGGAUCCUUUGAAAUAGCUUUCGUCAAUCUCAAAUUUCAUUUUGAUAACGGUUUAACUCAACUUCUAAUAAUGAUUAUUUUAUUACGCUCAGUAUCACCAUUGGACCUCUUUGUGUUUUCGUUGCAGUAACCUCAAGACUGUUUAAUUUUCUUUCAAUACAAAUAAUAAAUGAAUUAUGGACUGGUUUUAUUUGUUUACCUUUGCUACAUUUUAUCUUUCUGAAGCAAGCAGAGUGUACUAACACUUAUUUUUUUCUCAUAAAAUAACGAAGUAUAAGUUUAUAUGAAUACCAAAUGGUUUUAUUCAGAUUUGAAUAUGUUUUCAUUAAGUUCCUAAUAAUUGGUAUCUAGGAAACCAACCUGUUUAUAUGAGUUCUUUACCAAGUUAAAAUGGAAUCAAAUAACUACUUAAAUACUGAUCGUGUCAUUAAUAUUUUACAGAAUGGUACAAAAUUUCAAAAAAAAGAAGUAUUUAAAGAAUUAAAUAACUUCAUAGAAAUUAGCCAAGCUGAAGAUACAAAGCAUGUUUUUGGAAAGUUAUUAAAUGUAAUAUCAUUAUCCUUCCAAGAUGCAGUAGAGGUGUGCCGUGAAAAUGCUCUAGACAUUUGUAUUCAUGCAAUAGAUAAAUUAGAACCUAAUGUGGAUUAUUUGUUGACAUUAGUGCCAUCAAUUCAUCAUCGGUUGUGUUCUGAUUCUAUAUUAGAGCCUUCAGAAGAGUUGAGGUUAAAGUACAUCGAAUUAAUUUCCCUAUUAAUUAAGAAGCAUACAGAUUUGAUCUCACCUUAUUUUUCAGAAAUUGUUGAUAUAUUGGUUCAAGCAAUUUUAGAUUCAGCUCCUCAAGUGAAAAAAAAAAGUUGUUUUUGUGUUAUCCAGUUAUCAAGUAUAGGUUCUUAUGAUUUCCAUCCAUUUUCAAAAAAACUAAUUCCACCAUUAGGUGAAGCCGUGCAUCACCAACACUGGAGGGUUCGAGUAUCGGUUAUAGAAGCUGUUGAAAUUCUUAUUCUCAAAGGUGAUCCAAAAAUUUUACCUGAUGGUAUUCGUGCUCUUGCAAACAGACUCUUUGAUGAUUCACCACAUGUACGUUUGGCAUUAACCAGAUUAAUCGGGAACUGGAUGCUAAAUCACUAUGAUAGAUAUUCCUAUUUUUGCCAGACAUUGCCACUUAUGCUAACAUGCUUAAUAGAUAAUGAAGAGCAUAUUAGAAAUGAAGCUCGGAAUCUUUGGGAGAAGGCUGGAGCACAAUAUCUUCUUGAAAAUGAAAAUGACUAUAAGGAUAGAAUAGAUUGGGAACUCGAAGAGCUUCCUCAUUAUCCUCCAGGAAUUAAAAGACCUGGUCUUGGAUGUCGAAUCCUUGUAGACAGGCAAGCUUGCAAAUUUGUGGAAGCUAUUGGAAGAGAAUUGCGCGAUUGGGUUGUGAGUGUUAGAAUCAAGUCGGCCCAAUUACUGAGCCAGGUUAUUCUUCAUGCUGAACGUCAGAUCACCCAAGAUCUACACAAAAUUAUUGGUCCCAUGUCUAAAGCAGCUAUGGAUGAAGAAGCUCCCUCUGUUAUAGAAUAUGUGAAAAUUGCUGCUGAGUAUUUAGGGUAUUUUGUUCCACCGGAAACUUACUGUAAAGUAUUUCUUGAAUUUCUGCGUGAAGCCAACUAUGGAGAAUUAAGGAUAGUGGCUGGUAUAAUCAGAGGCUCUCCUGCCAAAGAAUUAAUUCCUCAUUUGAAGACAUUGACUCAUCUCGAUAUUACAUCAUUCAAGGGUGAAGAGCAAAGUGCUAAGCUUGAUUUGAUUCAGUCAAUUUUUAAAACUUGUGGGUCUGAAUGUCUUGAUGAAAUUGGUGAAUCUAUAUGGGGUUCACUUGUUAGUGUUGCUGGUCUUGCUGAAAAUGAGACCAUAGCAAAUAGCGCAGUAGCAUUGUUGUCAGAAAUGUGUGAGCUUGGAGGAGGUGAUAGACGGAUUGUUUUUAAUAGAUUUUGUAAACCCCUCUUGACUUCGCUUUUAGAUUUCCAUUGGACCGUCCAUUGCCAUCAACAAUAUAUUUUCAAAGCAAUGGUAUUUUACACUGGUGAAGUAGUUGAAGAAAAUGUCGAUUCCAUUUUAAAUGUAUUUAAAAAAUGUUUGGUGCAAGAAGAGACAGAUCCAGAAGUAAUACUGAAAGUGAUUCUAGCUUUGAAUAAAAUCAUCACUGAUGAAGAUAUCACCUUGCCAUCUAUGCAAGUCAGAGAAUAUUUCAAAAAUACUGUCAUUACAGAUAUUUUAUAUGAACAACUGAAAUGGAAAGCGGGAAGAAGUGCAGAAGCCAUUAGAACAAUGGCAGCAACUUCGCUUUUCCUUCUUUUGCCGCGUAAUCUUCCUCCAAAUCUGAUUCCAGUUUUAUUGCAAUUGAUAGAGGAUUCUAAUGAGAAGACACGUACCUUGUCUAUAGCUUCUGUAAAACGAUGUAGCCUCCUUCAGGAAAUCCAUGAGCACAAAACAUUUUCUAAGAUUAUGGAAGGAUUACUCAAGAGACUUGAUGACUGUAACCAAAAAGUUCGUGAAAUGAGCCUUGAGUGUAUUAGUGAAUUGUAUCGUGCAGAGUUGGAUUUACUAAAAGAGAAAGAUGAUCAUAAUUCAAGUCUUCUUAGUUUCACUUAUGAAACUCUUCUAAUUCAUUUGGAUGAUCCUGAUGAAAAGUUUAGGAACAUUGUUUUAGAUACACUGAAAAUAUUGGCACCUUUUAACUAUGAGCAGUUAUUAAAGAAAAUUCGAGUUGAAAUGUUCAGAGAUAAGGAUAUUGCUCAGCAAUUAGUCUAUUUUAUCGAAGAGGGCCUCACAUCCAGCAUUUCAUCAGAAAAUAAAUGUAGUUAAAUGACACAAUCCUUGUAUUAUUAUUCGUUAUUUUUUUUUCUACUCAGUGAUAUACUGCGUUUGAUGUUGAAUUUUCCAAUUCAAGGGUGUGAAUAAUAUCUUUAUUGGUUAGUAUUAAAUCUAGGAUGAGUAGAAAACCAACUGCAAAGUCUAGAGACACCAUAGCUGCUAGCUGAAUAACAUGCUCUGUAUUUUGUACAACACUCAUGAAAGCUAUUUGGAGACCGCCAAUGGUAAGGAACACUCCUAUUCCAACUGACUCCCAGGUAAUAACCUAUAAAUUUAACU